AAACUAGCCAGCUGCUGAAUAUCCUGCCACACUUUGUCUCCACCACAAUUGCUCAAGGACCCAAGGACGCUUGCACGACCAGGUCAGUUCGUUCAUCAUGGCGCCAGACGGAGACCAGACCAAGAAGCAGCCCGUCGAUCCCGCGGUGCAGAAGCGCCGGCUUGAAGCCAGGGAGAGACGCAAGGCUGAGAAGAAGGCGAAGAAACAGGAGAAAGCCCAGGCUAAGCGCGAGCGCAAGGCCAACGCAACCCGCGCGGGCAAAUGGUCGGACCGGAAACAGAAAAAGAAUCCGGAGCGCGAAAGAAGGAAGGAAGACAAGCUGUUCAACCGCAUGCUGAAGCGCGCCGACAAGCUCGAGGAGCAGGCUAAGAAGCUCCUGGCAGAUGCGGCGCGCACGCGCGCGAAGCAUGCGGCAAUAGCCCAGCGGAGGGAGAAGAUCGCCGCCGAGGAAAAGGAGCUCGAGAGCAAGAAUGAGGAAAUCAAGAUCUAUGACGACGAGAGCGACUCCGACUCGGAUUCCUCCGACUCGUCGUUAGCGUCUUCGUCGCCCGACUCCGACUCGGAAUCCGAGGCGGAGGCGGAAGAGGGCGGCGUGCCUGUCGAGGAUGGAGACGUCAAUAUGGGAUCCGAAUCACCGAAUCCCAGCGCGCAACUCCGCGCCGAGAGCGAGGCCAGAGCGCUGAGCCACGAGCAGCAGAUGGAGAUCGACGAGGAAGAGAAGCCCAAGAAGUCCAAGAAGAGCAAGAAACUCGAGGAGAAGACACCCAGUAAAAAGGCCAAGGACAAGAAGAAGACGAAGAAGCAGAAGAAGGAGGAGACGGACAAGACCUCUUCCGUCAACGCUGCGGCCGCGGCCGAAACAUGGGACGUCGAGCAACUCAAGGGCGGCGCAGACCGUCAGCAGAAGUUCAUGCGACUCCUCGGCGGCGGCAAGAAAGGCGCAGCCGCGGCGAGUGCCCCGGCCCCCGGCUCCAAAGGCAAGCGUGACAUUGGCAAGAUCACGCGGGAGCUCGAGCAGCAGUUCCAGGCCGGCGUGCAGAUGAAGUACGAGGGCGGUGGCCAGCGUCGCGGCCUCGGCGCAUAGGAUGCCACUGCCGCUGCUGCUGCUUCCAAGGUAAAGAAGGCGACGCCGAAGCCGGUGUUGAAGAAGACGCACUGGAGCUCCUUGUUGUAACUUUCCCACGGUGUUUUUAAUUACUGCAGCCCUGGCGU